AAGGCCAAUUUGGAGAAUAAGUUUCUUGGAAAGAAUGGAACAGGAAGGCUUUUUCAGGGAGAAACUCCUUUGAGAAAGACUGAUCUUCAGCAAGCUGUCAUCACACCUUUGAGACCAGUGGACAACAUUUACUACAGAAAGACAGAAAAAGAGAAUCUUAAGGAGCAAUCCAUUUUGUCAAAAGAUUGUACUUCCCUGGAAGUUGAGGGAACCAUAGCAAGGAAAACUCCAGUCCAGCCUCUGAGAAGAUCUAUUAGACUCUCUGCUCAGAAGAAUUUGGAACAAAAAAAAAAACAUUACGUAAACAUGAAAGCCAAGAGGUGUGCCAUUCCUGUAGUCAGCAGUGAAUCUCCGCCUUCUAAGAAGAUGAAAGUGCAGAAGGUUCUAAAGAGUACUGAGGAGCAGGAGCUGGAGAAGAGAAUGAAAAUGCAGCGGGAGGUGAUGGAGAUGCGCAAGAAGAAUGAAGAAUUCAAGAAACUUGCUCUUGCAGGAGCAGGGAAACCUGUGAAGAAACCAGUGAGCCAGGUCACCAAAUCAGUUGACUUCCACUUUUGUACAGAUGAGCGAAUCAAAUCACAUCCUAAGAACCAAGAGGAGUAUAAAGAAGUAAACUUUACAUCUGAACUGCGAAAGCAUACUUCAUCUCCUGCCCGAGUCACUAAGGGAUGUACUAUUAUUAAACCUUUUAACCUAUCCCAAGGAAAGAAAAGAACAUUUGAUGAAACAGCUUCUACAUAUGUGCCCCUUGCACAACAGGUCGAAGCCUUUUAUAAACGAACCCCUAACAGGUAUCAUUUGAGGAGCAAGAAGGAUGAUAAUAGCCUGUUGCCUUCCAAGUCUUCUGCGACCAAGAUUUCCAGAGAUCCAAGGACUCCUGUCCUGCAAACCAAACAGCGUGCGCGGCCUGUGACCUGCAAAAGUGCAGCGGAGCAGGAGGCUGAGGAGCUUGAGAAACUGCAGCAAUACAAAUUCAAAGCACGAGAACUUGAUCCUAGAAUUCUGGAAGGUGGGCCCAUCUUGCCCAAGAAACCACCUGUGAAGCCACCCACUCAGCCCAUCGGUUUUGAUUUGGAAACUGAGAAAAGGAUCCAAGAGCGAGAGUCAAAGAAGAAAUUGGAAGAGGAGCACUUUGAAUUUCAUUCCAGACCUUGCCCUACUAAGAUCCUGGAAGAUGUUGUG